GUGAUACACUAGGAUUGUUGAUUGAGCAGGGCUGGUUCCUGUCACGUGACUCUGCGUUACACUGCUAACAAUAUGGCUGCCGAGGAUCUGCCGUCUGAAUUUGACGUCGUCAUUCUAGGCACAGGUCUUGCUGAGUCUGUGGUGGCAGCAGCCUUUUCCAGAGUGGGACAAAGAGUUCUUCACGUCGACAGGAGGAGUUAUUACGCAGCCAACUGGGCCAGCUUCACCUUCAACGGUCUGCUCACCUGGAUACAGGAGCACCAUGAGGAGUCUCAGCCAGAGGAGGCACAAGAUUGGUCGAGCCUGUUGGAGGAAGGGGAGGAGCUGAUCUGCUUGUCAAACUCAGACUCCGCUUCCAUCACUAACCUGCAGGUGUUCUGUUUCACCAGUGAGGAAGAUGAGGAGGAGGAGGAGGAGGAGGAGGAGGCUUCGAGUCCCGACCCUCCAAACACCACAGAAGAAAAAACAGGUGGAUCUGAUGGAGACACUGUUAAAAGAUCAGCAGAGGCAGAAUCAGCAGAUUUAAAAGAAGAAGAAGCAGAGGAGAGACCAGAGGAAACGGCAGGCAACGAAGAAGAGGAACAGAGGGCCCAGGUGGAGGGGGAGGAGCCAAAAGGAGAUCAGCCGACCCCCUCAGCUGCUCAAAGCCAAUCAGAGCCAACCAAGAAGAAGAUCAGCUACGCUCAGCUGGUGAAGGAAGGACGAAGGUUCAACAUCGACUUGGUCUCCAAGCUCAUGUAUUCUCGCGGCUCAUUGGUCGAUCUGCUCAUCAAAUCAAAUGUUAGUCGCUAUGCAGAGUUCAAGAACGUCACCAGGAUACUCACCUAUCGCCACGGAAAGGUGGAACAGGUGCCCUGCAGCAGAGCAGAUGUGUUUGCGAGUCGUCAGCUGUCGGUGGUAGAAAAGAGGAAGUUGAUGCGUUUUCUCACUUCCUGUGUGGAGGAGACGGAGGAGCAGCAGGCCUACAAUGGUCGGCCAUAUUUGGAGUUCCUCUGUGACCAGCAGCUUGGUGAGAACCUGCAGCACUUACUGCUUCACUCCAUCGCCAUGGUAACAGAGGACACCCCCACAGAGGUGGGCCUUGCUUCAACACGUCACUUCCUGCGCUGCCUUGGUCGCUACGGCAACACGCCCUUCCUGUUUCCCGUCUAUGGCCUUGGAGAGAUACCCCAGUGUUUCUGUAGGAUGUGUGCUGUGUUUGGAGGAAUCUACUGUCUGAGACACUCAGUGAAGUGUCUGCUGGUGGACAAGGACAGCAACAGGUGUAAGGCAGUGAUUGACAGCCGAGGACAGCGAAUCAGCUGCAGCCAUUUCGUGGUGGAGGAAGGAUACUUGGGGGCGGACCGGAAGAGGGUGGCCACACCGCCAAGGUUCGUCUCCAGAGCUGUGUUGAUAACUGACGGCUCCAUUUUGCCCAGUGACUCUGACCAGCAGGUCUCCAUGGUGACGGUUCCUCCAGUAGCAGCAGGAAGUCCAGCGGUGAAGAUGGUGGAGCUCUGUCCAUCCACGAUGACCUGCAUGCCUGGAACAUAUCUGAUUCACCUCACCUGUCAGUCAGUUGGCUCCGCCUAUGAGGACCUGUCGCCAGUAGUUACCAGGAUGUUCCGCACGCCAGAGUCACAUGACCAAGAAAACUGUCCGUCUGUCCUCUGGUGUCUGUACUUCAACAUGGCCGACGGUUCGGGGCUGGAGGUCGAAGGCCACGACCUCCCGUCUAACGUGUACGUUUGCUCUGGACCGGAUGGAGGUCUGGGACACGAACACGCCAUCAGACAGGCGGAGGCGAUUUUCCAGAAGGUUCUUCCUGAGGAGGAAUUCUGUCCUCCUGCUCCCAACCCCGAAGACAUCAUCUAUGACGGAGACAACACGUCUUCCUCUGCGGGCGGAGAUGAGGAGGAGGAGGAGGAGAAAGAUGAAGCAGGAGACGAGCAGAGACGGGAGGCGUCGGAGGAGGAGCAGCAGGGCCUUCAGACUGAGGAGUAACAUGUGUCUAAACCUUCCAUAGAAGCCAAACGCUCCUGCAGUGAAUUGUGGGUAAAAUUGCCUUCAUUUUGUUUUAAAUCUUUAUUAUUUUUCUAUGAUUUGUUAUUCUGUCUUAUUUAAAUAUCGUCAGUCUGACUUCAGUGGAAGCAUUAAAAAUUCAACAUGAACAAACGGUCACGUGUUUUACUCAGGGGCUCUGAAUUCUCUGCUCUGAUUGGCUGCCUGUGGCAACAGCCCUCAGAUUUACUUACACCAAGCCCAGUCCAGGACCACACUAACCUGGUCCUGUGUGAUCUCCUGGAACAUCACAAACCCCCGACUCAAGUCCUUUGUUAUCUGGCAGCUUUUAAUCAAACCAGUUUCAGGUCAAGUGUGACUCGUUUUUUUUUCCAGAUCAUCCCGUUUGUCGAGACCUUUAGAAACAGGAAGUGGAUCGAUGGGGGGGUCAGACAGCCACAGGGACUCAGAUCUCCCGUCGUGCUGCUGUUCAAACCUCCGAGCGAUGCAGCGCUCCUGCGUCCAGCUGCAUGAUGGGAGAGUAAAGGGUAGACGUGGCCCACAGGCACGCACACGUCUAAAUGUCAGACUGUUUGCUUUAAAGGAGCAUCCCGCUGUUUCUGCAGCUGUCAGUCUGUGUGCGAGUUCAGGUGUUGUAACAGUCAGACUGUGCUGCUGCCCCCUGCUGGCACACAUCCACACUGCACGUUGUUUCGUUUGCUUCCCAGAAACAUAAAUUUAGUGAACGAAUUAACUGAUGCGACGCUUCUGAACGCCGAGUGGCUGAAACGUGAAGAGACAAUCAGAAAAGCUUUACAACCUCGGACUUCCUGCAGCUGACAACCAAACAAUCCUACAAAUCAUUUUUACUGCCACUCAUUUUCAUCCAAAGUCUCCACGGCAAUCAGAAGCAUCAAAAACAUCUCAAAUUUAACUCAGUUUUAGCUGACACUCACAGCUUAGUGUCUUCAGAAGAAAUAAACUGGUUUAACCAGUUUCUGCAUUAUUGAUUAUGUCAGUUGACUGAACAAGUUAUUGCUAACUGAUCAGAGAUCAGCUGUGAACAGAGACUCAGUGCAGACAGACUAACUUUAAUCUUUUUAUUGUCAGAAAAUCUUGGUGCAGUUUACAGACGACGACCGCGGCGUCCGCCCUUCCUCCUGGUUGAGUCUGACGGGAUCGGAGUGACGUCCUCUGAUCAAACCCAGAAGAAGAAACAGGAGGUCAAACACAGGAAACAGACUAUUUAACACGUUAUAAAGGGUCAGUUCACACAAAUCUGCUGAAAACUCAGCACAUUUACUCCAGUACUGCAUUUAAGUGCAAGUACCUGAACCCUGAAAUCAAGUAUUUCCAGUGAUCUGGUACAGGUGUAUUAACGGCUGCCAAAGGAUCAUUUUAAUGUUUUUAACGAUGACAGCCCAUCGCUCCACCUUCCUGUGUGACAUCACACCUGGUCAGCAGACAAACAGACUGUCAGGUGGUACAUCUCUUAAAUCAAAGUAGUUUGAGUGAGUACUGAAGGUGGAGAAGUAAAAUGACCUGCAGUAAUCAGGUAAAGUAUUCUUUCAUCCGUGUCAGAGAGCGACUGACAGCCACCUUCAGGUCGUCUCACUCUGAUCAUUUCAUCGGCACCGACUUUGACUGACAGCUUUCACAGCAAAUGACGCCGAGUUCACCCAGCGGGGUCGGAUUUAACUGAACAGGUUGGUGUCAGAGAACUGAGCGGGUAAACAUGGCUGACAUGACAGUGUGUGUGUGUGUGUGUGGACUCACCGAUGCGUCCGAUCUUCAUGCCUGAACGAGCCAAAGCUCUGAGAGCAGACUGAGCUCCAGGACCAGGAGUCUUUGUCCUGAAACCAACACACAGGAGGAUCAAACUUCAGAACAGACAGACAAACAGGUGUGGGGACAGGCAGCUGUCAGACAGGUGUGCGGCGUACCUGUUGCCUCCGGUGGCCCUCAGCUUGAUGUGCAGAGCUGUGAUUCCGAGCUCUUUGCAGCGCUGAGCAACGUCCUGAGCUGCCAACAUGGCGGCGUAUGGAGACGACUCGUCUCUGUCAGCCUUCACCUUCAUCCCACCAGUCACACGGCAGAUUGUCUCCCUGAAAAUACAUCGACCAAUCCAAUCAGACAACAGAUACACAAACCCUUUUUGUGUGUGUGUGUGUGUGUCUCAGGUCUGAGCGUGUGCAGAUGCCUGAUGUUUGUUAACUGCUUCAUUCACAGCCAGACUGAGACACACUAAGCUUAUUAAUUCUAUAAGACUCCAGAUUUCACAGCGUGUCCAAGUGUUGACCACGCCUGUCCAAUCACAGACGGUCAGACAGCACAGCAGCAUGUUUUACACGCUAGACUAUCAGUCAAAUGUGAAUUAAACACAUCAUCCACACUAAAAGCAUCACAGCACAAACCGUCUGUAAUCAAACUCCUCAGGAUAAACUUACUUCCCGGAGAGGUCAGUGACGUGGACGAAGGUGUCAUUGAAGGAGGCGAAGAUGUGACAGACUCCAAACACGUUCUCUCCUUCGGCCACCUGAGGACCCAGACUGAUGACCUGCUCCUCCUUCUUUUCUUUUCCUUUGCGAGGAGCCAUUGUCU